UAACUCCACACGGAAACUACAGGUUUUUUAAGGUGCAUUGUUUACAGUCAGUGCAGCAUAACUGGAAUGUGUUCUGUCUGGGUUUUGCAGAUUCCAUUUAGAAAAGGAAACUGUAGACAGAUCAUCAUCCAAUGUGGAAUCCGCUGAUGCAGACAGAGUACAUACACUUGAAAACAGUAUUUUAAAGAGAUUCUGAAAUGGAGGUUGUUUUUACUGCUCCUCCUGAUGGACUUGGACCUUUUCUUUAUUGAAGACUGAAAGAAGAAGAGUGACUCUGCUCUCAGUGAUGAAAGAUGGCGAACAUAACAAGGAUUUUACUGGGUACUCUAGAAGAUCUGCAGAAAGAGGAACUGAAGAAGUUCCAGUGGUGUCUGAUCAAUGAUGAUGAUGAUGAUUCAUGCAUUCCGAGGGGUCAGGUGGGGAACAUUGACCAAUUUGGCACUGUAGACAAGAUGGUGCAGUUUUACGGCCCAAACGGAGCUGUGGAGAUCACCCUGAAGAUCCUGAAGGAGAUGAAGCUGAACCAGCUUGCUGAGAAUCUCAGACAGAAGAUCAUUCCCAGAAAUAGUACAGCUUUCAGUAACAACAAUCCACAACAAUCCACAACAAUCACUGGAACAGCAGUUCGAUUGAAGAUGGAGAAACACAGUCAAUCAAUUGAAGAUUUAAGGUUAAGAGUGAAGGACCUGGAGGACAUCAUAAAGAGAACGGAAGAAAAAGCAGAUCACAAAUCAGAUCAGUGCAGCUCUUCUCAACCCAAACUUUGGGGUGGCGCUCCAUGGCGGCUGGUCCUACUGGGCAAGACUGGGGCUGGCAAAAGCUCUACAGGUAACACCAUUCUGGGUGAGAAAGCGUUCAAAUCUGACUCCAGAGCCACCUCUACUACCUUUUAUUGCUCAGGCAAAACAAAAGUGAUCGAUGGCCAAACUAUUACAAUCAUUGACACCCCUGGUUUGUAUGACACCACAAUGAGUAAUGACUUUAUAAUCAAAGAGAUUGUGAGGGGUGUUCGGAUGGCUGCUCCCGGUCCUCAUGCCUUUCUUCUUGUGAUUGAUGUGAGACGUUUCACUCACGAGGAGAAAGACACUGUCAGAAAAUACCAAAAAAACUUUGGUGAUGGAAUAAGCAAGCACAUGAUUGUGUUGUUCACACGUGGAGAUGAUCUUGAGUAUGACCACAAGACAGUGGAAACCUUCAUAGAGGAGGUUGGACCUGACCUGAAACACCUGAUAUCUGCUUGUGGAGGGAGGUAUCAUGUGUUCAACAACAGGAAGCGAGACGACCGCUCUCAGGUGACCAGUCUCUUCCAGAAGAUUCACGUGAUGCUGAAUGCGAACAAUCACAGCUACUACAGCUGUGAGCUGUUUAACAUGGAAAUGCUUCUUAAAUAAGAGAGAACAUCUCACAAAGAUAGAUGCAGAAGAUUCACUGAACUGAAGGAUAAAGUGUGGCAACUGUAAAGGAUAAACAACUCUAAAUGUAGUAUACUGUAGUAGAAAUGAAUAGUAUUCACCUCCAGAAAAGGAAGAGCGGAAAGAACAUCUAGGGUGAUAUAAGUUCUGAAAAGUAUGUAUGUUUUACUGUUGUACCAUUUGUACUUUUUCUUCUCUUUUUCUUAUAGAAAAACAAACCUUUACAAACUGAAUGCUCCAGGCAUUCAGAUCUGUUCUCUCUUAUCUUAUUUCAGCGAAUGUUUUAGUGGACUAAUAAAUACAUAUACUCCUAUAUAUGUGGGCAGUUGAUACUAGGAGUGGAAUUCUGACUGUGUCUAUGAAAAUAUAAAACAGCUAGAUUUUAUAGAUUUUAUCUUUUGGAUUUUCUGAAGACUUGUUAAAAUGUUUAAAUAAAACUAAUGCUAUAUUUGUCUGUAA